AUGUCCGGAUGGCAGGCCUACCGCGACUACGAUUUGCACGUGCUGCGUCCUGGCGAAGAGACGCACCAGUUCUCGUCGUACGACCGCACCAACCAUAACGAUGACGGCUUCGAAGGGACGUACUCGUGCUUGCGCGAGCAGGGCUCGCGGUGCGUCAUCGCAGAAGAUAAUGGUGCGGGUGAGAUUUCCUCCAUUUGGUUCACGUACGAGUCCGACAGCGUCGUGCCCAUCGGCGACAUGGCCAUUACGCUGGACGGCAGGGAGGUGCUCCGGGCGAGGGUGCAGGACGUGGUCGACGGAAAGCUGGGUGCGCCGUUCGCGUGGCCGUUUGUGGGCAACACCAACGACACCAUGGGCGGCAACGUCAUCAAGGUGCCGAUGCCGUAUCGCGAGUCCAUGGUCGUGACGACGGAGAACAACCCACACUUUUACCACGUCGUGUAUCGGAGGUUUCCAGCGGGUGCGGCGCCCCCCAAGGCGUUUGACCCCGAGGACAAGGCCGAGGAUGUGAUGGCGCAGUUUCUGAGCUUUGGGGUGCGCGACCCAAAAGCCGUGGCUGGCGGCGCGCUGAGCAAGAAGAUAGGUAGACAUGUUAAGGGAAAGAUAGCGGGAAAGUCGGGCUCGGUCGAGCUGGGCAGGGGGUGUGGCGUCGUUACGCAGUUGGCUCUCCGUCUGCCAUCGGUGCCUGCCACGGCGUAUGUGCAGGACGAUGGGCGGGCGUUUGGGCCGGGCGGGGGCAGCACGUUCCGGCUCGCCUUGGAUCCGAAUAACAAGCGUUGCCGCAUCACCCGGCGCGUCGAUCGCAGCAUCGGAAACCAACGGGUCAAGGUGACGGUUGACGGAGCCGAGGUCGCGACCGACAGCGGAGCGGCCGCGAACGGCACCUGGAUGGACCAGACGGUCGACAUACCGGCGACAGUGACGAGGGGAAAGAGCCACGUCGCGGUUACCGUGGACUGCCUCUCGUCAGACCUCGACUGCAAUGAGUUCUUCUACGCGCUGCACUGUCAGGCGGACGGGCCGUGGGCGACGCGGGGAUAUGUGCCGAGUGAGGAGUGGACGCUCAUGGAUGUUCUCAACGUGGGAUGGAAUAACGGCAACGAUGAGGCCGCUCAUGGAUACAAAAUUGAGAACCAGACGUGGGAGGGCUUGCGGCAGUACAAGUACAAUGACGAUGAGCACACUGAGGCUGCCACGCCCGACAUACGCCUUUCCCUCACCUUCGACAGCAACGAAACGGUGUCGCAAGUCCCGCUGGGGGCAUUCUUUGGCGCGAGCCUAGCCAAGGGACUGACGCGGUCGCUGCUGCUCUCGGUCGACUCGCUGGCCCCCAACGGCGCCUGGACGUCGUACUUCUCCAUGCCGUUCUCCCGCAGCGCAACGCUAACGCUGACGAGCGGAGACGGCUCGCCACUCAACGCCACCGUCGACGCCGUCGUGCAACCGUGCUCCGGCGGGGGCCCGGAGCCGGCCGCCUCGGAGUGGGGCCGGUUCUCGGUCCAGCACCGGCGCGGCCCCACCACACCGGGCGAGCUGUGGCCGAUCCUGUACACGCCGGGGCGCGGCGUCGCGUACGGCCUGACGCACACGUUCCGCGGCUCGAUCCUGCAGCCGGCCAACACGCUCGAGUUCCUGGAAGGCGACGAGCAGGUGUGGCUGAACCGGAGCACGCCAGGCGGAUUCAACGACACGUCGGGGACGCUGCGCGGGACGGGCACCGAGGACUUUUACGAGAGCGGCUGGUACUUCCAGGACGCGAACGCGCCGGGCCAGCCCGUGACGGUGGCGUACGCGAUGCCCCUGACGGGCCUGACGACGGCGGCGUACGCCGCGGAGCGGAUGGGCUGCGUGGGCUCCUGCCUCGGCGCGCAUCGCCUCAUGGUGGCGGACUCGCAGGCGUUUGGCGACGGGAUCGCGUUUGCGAUUGAGCAUGGCCCGGACGGGAACAACGUGCAGGCUGAGUAUGAGACGUGCGCGUUUUACUACGCGUAG